ACACAAAUCAAACGCGGCCAAUUUCGAGACAAAAUUCCAAAUGCAAAAGACUCUCAUUUCGUUUCCCUUGUGUCGGUUUCUUUUCUUCCUUCAUUCAUGCCCUCACUUCUUUCCACACCAUUUCUCUUUCUCCCUAAAACUCCCCUCAACUCCGUUACAAGGUCCAGGAUGUCCACCGCCACCACUGCCUCCAAACCGCUUCUUCGUGGCGUCGUUUUCGACAUGGAUGGAACCCUAACGGUCCCGGUCAUCGAUUUCGCCGCAAUGUACAAGUCCGUCCUCGGAGAAGACCAGUACACACGAGUUAAAGCGGAAAACCCCACCGGGAUCGAUAUUUUGCACCAUAUUGAGAAUUGGAGCCCCGAUAAGCAGCGCCAAGCCUAUAAAAUUAUCGCUGAUAUUUUGCACCAUAUAAUGACACAUGUGUAUACAUAUUUCGGAGGAACUCUUCAACGUGAUAGGAAAGGAAGGAAUAAUUAUCCAGCUUCAACUUGUGAGGGAAUGGCUGAUGAAUGGAGGAACUCUUCCAGUCAGAUAUUUCGGAUCAUGAUCAUUAAGAAUUCAUAAAGGUUGACAAGGAAACCGAGAUUAUUCCAGUUUAUAGCUGAGGCCAAGGUUUAUGUGGCUAAAAUUGUCGUAACAGUUUAAAAUUAUAAUUAAUGGUUUAAAUUUGUUUGUAAA